CGGGCAUAAGAAACGAUGAAAGAAGCGUUGAUUUGCAGCAGUUACAGUGGCAGUUAUAAAAUCACCACCAAACCCACAGCGAUUCCAUUUUCACCACCGUCGAUAUCACUGUUUCGCCACCGUCGUCUUCACCGGAACACUCCAUUUCUCUCUUCGAUCAUCACUCUCAGAAGAAAGAGAUUUAUUGAGAAGUUAAUAUCCAAAAUGGCUAAUUAUGAAGGACAAGUUUCUAGUGGUAGUACCGAUGUUAGAACCGGGAAGAUGAUUUUUGAACCUAUUUUAAAUGAUGGAGUAUUUCGAUUUGAUUGUUCUCUAAAUGAUAGAGAUGCAGCAUAUCCAAGUAUUUCUUUUGUGAAUAGUAAGGAUAGAGAGACUCCCAUCACUGGUACUCACAAGGUUCCUUCAUAUACCCCUACUUUUGAGUGCCUUCUAGAGCAGCAAGUUGUUCAACUUGAGCUACCUGUAGGUACCUCCCUCUAUGGAACUGGAGAAGUUAGCGGACAGCUUGAAAGGACAGGAAAAAGAGUUUUCACAUGGAACACUGAUGCAUGGGGUUAUGGUCCUGGAACUUCAUCGUUAUACCAAUCACAUCCAUGGGUGUUAGCUGUUCUUCCAAAUGGCGAGGCACUAGGAAUUCUUGCUGACACUACAAGGCGCUGUGAGAUAGAUCUGAGGAAAGAAUCAACAAUACGUUUCAUUGCUCCAUCCUCAUAUCCUGUCAUUACGUUUGGUCCUUUUGCUUCACCUACGGAAGUGUUAAUAUCUCUAUCAAAAGCAAUUGGAACUGUGUUUAUGCCCCCAAAGUGGUCGUUAGGCUAUCAACAAUGCCGGUGGAGCUAUUUAUCUGAUCAGAGAGUUCUGGAGGUUGCAAAAACAUUUCGGGAAAAGAGCAUACCUUGUGAUGUGAUAUGGAUGGAUAUUGAUUACAUGGAUGGUUUUCGUUGUUUUACCUUUGACAAGGAGCGUUUUAGAGAUCCCAAGUCUUUAGUGGAAAGUCUCCAUUAUAGUGGUUUCAAAGGUAUUUGGAUGCUUGAUCCUGGGAUCAAGCAGGAAAAGGGUUAUUUUGUAUACGACAGUGGUUCUGAAAAUGAUGUUUGGGUACAAAAGGCAGAUGGAACAGCUUUUGUUGGGGAUGUGUGGCCUGGACCUUGUGUCUUCCCUGACUAUACACAGUCAAAAGUUCGUGCAUGGUGGGCCAAUUUAGUUAAAGACUUUGUUUCCAAUGGUGUUGAUGGUAUAUGGAAUGAUAUGAACGAACCAGCUGUCUUUAAGGCUGUAACGAAAACAAUGCCUGAGAGCAAUGUUCAUAGAGGAGAUGGUGAACUUGGAGGUUGUCAGAAUCAUUCUUUCUAUCAUAACGUGUAUGGUCUGCUGAUGGCAAGAUCAACCUAUGAAGGCAUGAAACUGGCUAAUGAAAAUAGGCGUCCUUUUGUUCUCACAAGAGCUGGAUUUAGUGGAAGCCAAAGGUAUGCCGCAACAUGGACUGGAGAUAAUCUUUCAACCUGGGAGCAUCUUCAUAUGAGUAUCUCCAUGGUGCUUCAGCUGGGACUAAGUGGUCAGCCACUUUCAGGUCCUGAUAUUGGUGGAUUCGCUGGCAAUGCAACACCAAGGCUUUUUGGAAGGUGGAUGGGUGUAGGUUCCUUGUUUCCGUUUUGCAGAGGGCAUUCUGAAGCUGGAACCACUGACCAUGAACCCUGGUCCUUUGGGGAAGAGUGUGAAGAAGUUUGCCGAUUGGCAUUGAAAAGGCGCUACCGCCUUAUCCCUCUUAUCUACACACUUUUUUAUUUCGCGCAUACAAAGGGCAUUCCAGUGGCAACCCCUACUUUCUUUGCUGAUCCAACAGAUCCUAGCUUGAGGAAACUUGAAAACUCAUUUUUGCUUGGUCCAGUUUUAGUGUAUGCAAGCACCACGCGCAAUCAGGGGUUGGAUAAGUUAGAGGUUACUCUACCGAAGGGGAUAUGGUUGGGUUUUGAUUUCGGUGAUGCACAUCCGGAUUUGCCAGCUUUAUAUUUGAAAGGUGGCUCAAUUAUUCCUGCGGGACUCCCUCUUCAGCAUGUUGGAGAAGCUAAUCCAUCAGAUGAAUUGACACUUCUCGUGGCUUUAGAUGAAUCUGGUAAAGCUGAAGGUUUUCUAUUUGAAGAUGAUGGCGAUGGAUAUGAAUUCACUAGAGGCAAUUAUUUAUUAACACAUUAUUCGGCUCAACUUCAAUCAACGGCAGUUACUGUGAGUGUGCACAGAACUGAAGGAUCAUGGAAAAGACCUAAACGCCGCCUCCAUAUUCAACUAUUACUAGGUGGGGGUGCAAUGCUUGAUACAUGGGGAGUGGAUGGGGAAGUUCUGCAUGUAAAUUUGCCUUCAGAAGAGGAGGUGUCGAAGCUGGUAUCUACUAGUGAGAAGCAAUACAAGGAACGUCUGGAAAAAGCAAUUCAAAUUCCUGACGUCGAGGACGAAGUUUCUGGACCCAAGGGUAUGGAGCUUUCAAGAACUCCCAUUGAACUGAAAAGUAGUGACUGGCUUCUUAAAGUUGUCCCCUGGAUUGGGGGUAGAAUCAUCUCCAUGAUACACUUUCCUUCAGGAACACAAUGGCUUCAUGGCAGGAUUGAAAUCAGUGGAUAUGAGGAGUACAGUGGUACAGAAUAUCGUUCUGCUGGGUGUUCUGAAGAAUAUUCUAUAAUCAAUCGAGAACUUGGGCAUGCUGGAGAGGAGGAAUCUGUGUUAUUAGAGGGUGAUAUUGGUGGAGGAUUGGUUCUUCAACGGCAGAUAUGUUUUCCAAAGAACGCUGCCAACAUCAUCCAAAUAAACUCUAGCAUAAUAGCACGCAACGUUGGAGCUGGUUCUGGAGGGUUCUCAAGGUUGGUAUGCUUAAGAAUUCACCCAACAUUCAAUCUUUUGCACCCAUCAGAAUCUUUUGUCUCAUUUACUUCAAUUAAUGGAUCGAUGCAUGAAGUCUUUCCAGAUGGUGGGGAGCAAAUCUUCGAAGGACACCUUAUUCCUGAUGGUGAAUGGAAACUCGUUGAUAAAUGUCUUGGCUUGGCACUUGUCAACCGAUUUAAUGUUACUGAGGUAUCAAAAUGUCUUGUUCACUGGGAUUUUGGCACUGUCAACCUGGAGCUUUGGUCAGAGAGCAGGCCUGUCUCAGAGCAAUCUCCUAUUCAAAUUUCUCAUCAGUACGAGGUUAUUAGAAUUCCUUAGGUUUUUUAGUUGGUCACUACACAAGGUGUCGGACUGUUUGAUACGGCAGAAUAGUGUGCUACGGCAGAUUUUUUUUUCUGGCUAAAGUAACACUAUAGAUUAUUAUGCAUAUAAAACUAUGUAUCUAACACUACAGAUUAUUAUGCAUAUAAAACUAUGUAUCUAAAUUCAAGCGUUAUUUCGUUCUCCAUUUUCACUAAAUGAGUGAUUGGUUGGACUUUGAUUAGUAAAUAAAUAAAAUGGAUGGAGAAUGUGUGAUUGGUUGGACUUUGAUUAGUAAAUAAAAUGGAUGGAGUUAUGGAGGAA